GAACUGCGGUUGUGGUCUGAACUUCAAUAACAAAAUUAUUAUAUUUUGAAGACACAACCACCACCUCUACGCAUCUAUUACGUUCAUUUCAAUUUCUGAAAUAUACCCUCAUCUCGCGCCGAUAUACUACUCAUAUACCCCCCUCAAGACAUCCGACCGUAGAUUCUCCUCUUACACCAACCCAUAAUAACUUCCACUCACCCUUUAUUCACCAACGCUCCUUCCCACGAACACCCCUCCAAUAUUGUCCAAAAGGGCCACAACACGAACGUAAGGCUGUAUCUUUCAUUUUUUGGAAAGUACUUAGGAAUCGAAUCGUAUUUGGGAAGAACAAGUGAACAGUGUUCAGGAUCCAAAUUUCAAGAUGCCUUUAAAUACUGGCGACCCAUACAUUGAUGCUGGGGUAGUUUCUAUGCCACUCUCCGAUUUAGUAAAUGCAAAAAUUGGCGUGGAAGCUACAGCAUACCUGUCGAAUCUUUUGAAAGGCCCUGCCGAUGAACCUCUACUUGCAGCUUUGGGUGGAGAACCCAUGGCAUUGAAAUUGCACAUCGAGAACGACUUGGACAAAUGGAAGGAGCAUGAAAUGGAGCCAUACUUCGUUUUUGAAGGCCAAUCAGUCGUUGGCAAGAAGGAAAUGACUAUGCGCCGUCUAAAGUCUGCCAUACCCGAAACAGAACAAGCCUGGGCAAUAUACAACCAAGGCAAUCCUACAGAUGCUGUCGCAGCUUUUCGCAAAGCCAGCGCUAUCCAAAUUACUGACCUAUAUCAUAUUCUAAAGGAAGUGCUUACUGCGAGGGACUUGGAUUACAUGACUGCUCCUUUCAGUGCUUGUGCUCAGCUUGCCGCCCUCGAUCGUCAUGAUGAACAAUAUAUUGAUGGAAUUAUGGGCUCUCAAGAAUUACUCCUCUAUGACAUCUGGGAUGCUGUCAUUUACCCACCCACCACAUCAGACUGGGAAAAUAAAUCCUUAAGAGGUGUUGUGAGAUCUGAAAUUAUCAAGAAGCUCAAUGUUACACCAGAUAUGCUUGCCGAUGCAUUAUUAAUGACCGGAACCUCAUUUCUACCAUCAUUUCCUCCUCUUCAAGAUCAAACUAUCAUCACCCGUCAACCCUAUAAUGUUGGUGAUGCUAUCAACUUACUGAGAACUUCAGAAAAGUCGGUUAGUGCGACUUGCGCGGCUUUCAGUGAUAUUUUAAAUUUGCAAGACCGAGAUUGGCUUGACAAAUACCGAAAGGCAAAGAUGGGUAUCAAGCACUGUGUUACUGUGCACACAGAUGGAAGCAUUCAUAUCAGAGAUUUUGAUCACUUGACAGGAGACAAUCAUGAAUAUCUUGGUCUGCAACUACCCGCAGAGUUAUACUCUUAUCUUCAAAAGGAUGUGAUCAGUUCGCGUCUCAUGAACACUUUCAAUUCUCUCGAAUAUCACGUUCUUCCAACUCUUGAUGGCUUCGUAUCACCCGAAUAUCGAAAGCUAGUUACAGAAUCUCUUUUGCCACUCAAGGAAACUUCUGCAGCUCUUAUUGCUCCUCGAAUGCAUCGUGGUUUCCUCUACAAGGAUAUCACUAUGCGCUUAUGGUUCGAUGAUGAAAACAAGCCAUCAUUAAACCAUAGACGCUUACAACCUCAGACUAAUGAAUUAGUUGACGUAUGGGGUGUUAAGGAUUCCGAAUUGAAGAAAUUGGAAGCAAAAUCAUUACAACCAGGAACGUUAUCUUUUGCUGCGAUAUCAUUACUUGAUAACAAGGAUUUCCCCGCUAAAACCAUUGGUAAAGGAAAGACUACUGGUCUUUCCUCGAAGGCAGAGAUUCUAUCCAAUUCUCUAUGGCGUCUACUUCAUCUCAGAGGCUACAUCAACAAACAACACGAGCUUACAAGCUGGGGAAAAGCAUUAGCCACUACUUUGAAAGCCAUCCAACCUAUUUCUGAGAAACAUAAGGAUGUUCACUUUAUUGAGGAAGCAGCAUUCGUGGCAUUCGAACUCAUCCGUUUCCAAAAUCUCCACAAUCGUGACCAUCACCCUGAGUUGAUUGGAGGGCCACUGCGAGGCGAAGAGGAAGACAAAGCAAACUGCAUGCUGAUCAGUCGGGUUGCCUGUCUCCUCAAAGUCAGACACUCUCCAAUCGGUUAUACUGGUCCCUUGAGCAAGAACUUCCUUUCAUAUCACUCGAUUAUCAAAUCUAUCCGAGAAACAGAUAGAGAUCUAAUUGAAGCCAUUGUUGCCUCGAUGCUUUUGAGUGGUCAAGUUACUCGUAAUGUUAAACAAUAUCAGGGGCUAGGUCGCAGUCUCCCGUUCGACAAUGAUAUUGAUAUCGCUUUCGGAAUAGCCGUCAAAACUUACCUUGAUGACUGUGUCAAUCCCGAAUCACUGAAAGAGGACAAGGAAAAAAGAGUAACAAGAUAUGCCAAUCAAUAUAUUCCUUAUGCAAUCAAUUUUGUAGAAGAUCUUGAUGUUGCAUUUGGUUUCUUUGAUGCUUUGUAUAAGGGAGUGAAGACUUUGUCCGAUUCAGAGAUGAAGGAUGCGGAGAAGAAAACAUGGGAUGAUGCUAAGGCAUAUCUCGAUGCGAGGAGAUAAAUGAAGGAAUAGGGGUUGGGCGGUAAUGAUAUUACUUUUGGCAUGACGGACUUUGUUCUGGUGUGAAGGUGGUUUGGAGGUGUGGAAGAACGUCGGAUUAUGGAUAAUGAUGAAUGGAAUAUGGUUUGAAUGGAAUGGAUGGACAUGCAUAUCACAGGUCAACGUGACGACACACGACCUGCCAGAUCCUAAGUUGUGGGUGGUGAAGAGGAAACAUCCGUAGCUAAAAACCAGAAGAAUAAAAUAUCGUCAACCCCAUGUAAUCUAUUUCUGAUGCCUAUAUCCCUUUGGUUCA